UAAAAAAAUACUUAUUUUCCAAAUAGUUAAAUUUAAAAAUAAUUUGCAACGUUGCAUCUCGAUACAUAUUUUGCAAUUUGCAUAAUCACUAAACUAUUGGUUUUUGGUUAGAUUUAGAUAUUAUCGUGCACACACUUGGGAACUGUGAAGAUGUGAUAGUUCAUUGUGGUCUUAGAGUAAGUUGAAUUAAAGUGUUUGUGUAGUUGAAAACUGAUGGCUUUGAGUGUUGAUGCACACUUGGUGAUAAUGAUGGUCUUCCCAACUCACUAAAGCCCAACGAUACUAAUUUGAUAAUCCUAUCCCAUGGAAAAGAUAAAAGCCAAGCUUAUGUGAUUUAGUAUGGUAGACUUGGAACUUGAAUGUUAUGUUACAGUGUGCUAAGUGAAGGAGUAAGACCACAGACUACAGUAUAAGCAAUCACUCUGAAGUCAGCAUUUCCAGGAACCUCACUGUAAAAUUUCCGAACUAUUAAGUGCCACACAGUUCACAGGUAAAGUCUUAGUAUGGAAUUAAGAUGGACACUGUGAGGCUCUAUUGCCUGCCACGAGGAAAUUCAGCUGGAAGAAAGUUACCUCCACCACCAAGUCAAGAUGACACCGUCGAUGAUACGUCCUUCAAAGGGCUCAGCCACUUUCCAAAUCCCGUUUGCAACAGGAACUACAUCCAGAUGAGCAGCCAACAUGUAAGGAGAUGCCCUCACUUUCAAUGUAGUGACUGUCAUUUUGGAUUUUGGAAAACCACAGUGCCAACAAUGAGCUGUGGAGAAGACUGCAGAAGCAUAGCAACAGUUGUUAUACAGUCACGAAGCCCACCGGCUCAUCACCAUGCGUUCCCGCAACUUUGCUGUGCUUCCCAUCGAGAAGAGAGGACAUUUACCUGGUCACAUAAGACGUGCAACUUUGUGUCGACGAGACGUUCAGCGGAAUACACCAAUAAUGUCGUCAACGCAGAUCUUCCUAAUGUAAGUGCCUUCAUUCGCUGUUUGUUAUUGUAGGAAAUUCGUUCAUUUGGUUCUUUUUUGGCUCAACAAGUCAAAGGUUUUAUUCUCACUUACUGCAUUUUGAUCCUCCCCCUCCCCCCCCCCCUACUUUUUUUAAGAAGGAUUUUUUGUGUAAUAUCUGGACUUAAGGUCAAAGUCUAAGUCCAGAAGUGCAUCGCUUCAGGUUAGUUAGGAAAAUUGUAACUCUUUUGUUGGAAGAGUUCGAUGUCGCCUACCAACUCAUAACUUCGCGUUUGCCAUGAUUGGUUUAUUGCUCUUCAUUGUUUGUCAUUUUUCUUGCUGUUUUGAAGAGGAAGGUCGUUUUUUUCUAGUUUGUAAGCCAGCAAUCGUAAAGUUUAAUCGGGAAUAGGAGAAUUCUGAAUCUCUAGAGAAGGACACGAAAAAGUGAUUGUUUUGAAAAAAAAUAUUUUUGUUAUUCCCAUUU